AGCGCACGCACGGGUCCACGGGUUUUGUUUAUAUAAAGUACAAUGCCGAAAUCAGUGAUAAUGAUAAUUGUAGUCAAAGUCAAUGUUCGGAGUUUAAUAUUUCGAUUAAAAUAACUAUAAUUGUGAUGAAUUAUUUGGAUGUUCGAUGGCGACUUUACGGUAUAAUCAUGUUUCACUUCACUCGGAAUAGCAUCGAGAGUGUGUGGUCGGAAACGUGUUCGAGUAAAUUUGGCGUUCUAUAUUGAAAUCUAAAAAUGCAACCGAGCGAUCCGUGCGCUUUCAAUUGGACUGAAGAAGAUGUAGGCUUCUGGCUAUCAAAAACGAAGCUUUCGUACGCUGUGGACAUUUUCAACCAACAUCGCAUCGACGGCAAAGCGUUGCUUCUCUUGACUGAAAAUGAUGUAGAAUACAUGGUGUCGAAAAAUCCCAUCGGUUUGGCGAAAAAAUUAUUCCUCCAAAUUCAACAACUGAAAUUGGAUAAUAAACAAAUGUUGGUAGAUAAAGGACUUGAUCCGAAUAGUCUGCUUCAUAUGCCGAAUAAAGUAUCCUUGCGUUCAACUGGACUCGGUAAUGUCGUGGAAAACAACGAAUAUUAUAAAAGAUUGAACUCCAAAACCGAAGCGAUAGAUCCGUUGAGCAUUAUGAAUCCUUGUAACGGAGAUUACGUUACUGUUCGUGACAACAGUUAUCAGUCGUCUAGAUCCUCGGAAGAUGGCCACACUAUUAGUUUGAAACCAGAAUUCACCAAGGCGGUUAUUGCUUUAGCUUACUUGUUUCUCGUUACUUGGAUUACGUCUUUUGUAAUGGUAAUAGUGCACGAUCGUGUUCCCGACAUGAAACGUUAUCCGCCGUUGCCCGAUAUAUUUCUAGACAACGUUCCUUACAUUCCUUGGGCGUUUCAUAUGUGCGAAUGGACGGCCACUGUUUUGCUCGUCAUAUGGCUAGUGGUAUUACUUUUCCAUAAAUACAGGUUUAUUCUAUUGCGAAGAUUUUUCGCUCUUUGCGGAACCGUUUUUUUGCUGAGAUGUAUAACAAUGUUGAUAACAUCUUUAUCCGUUCCCGGAUCUCAUUUAAAGUGCAGUCCAAGACUUUCGACGUACACCUCUGAAUAUCUUUUGGGCGAUAUCGUUGCGAAGGUAGCUCAAGCGUAUACGAUUUGGCGUAACGCGGGCCUAUCGAUUCGAGGUGUGCGAACAUGCGGAGACUACAUGUUCAGCGGGCAUAGCGUCGUAUUGACCAUGUUGAAUUUCUUCAUUACGGAGUAUACGCCGAGAGAUUUGCAUUUGCUUCAUAUUUUCACGUGGAUCUUGAACAUGUUCGGUAUUUUUUUCAUUCUCUCUGGUCACGAACAUUAUUCGAUAGAUGUAUUCAUAGCGUUUUACAUAACUUCUCGUUUAUUCCUUUACUACCACACGUUAGCUAAUAAUCAAGCGUUGAUGCAACGCGAUUCUACUCGCACGCGUAUUUGGUUUCCGUUAUUUAGCUUUUUUGAAUCGUCUAUCGAAGGUAUCGUACCGAAUGAAUACGAAACCCCGGCUGAAAUCAUCGAAAAUCUAUUCAUGUGCGGUAAAAAUAUUUGCGGUCACGUACUCCACAUGAAAACUAUAACGUUAGAGAAAUUCUACGAAAUGAAGAUUAGAUCUAAUCGCAGCGCGUCAAGUAGACGACACUCGCAUAAACAACGCUCAAAGAAACAUAAAUCUUGACCAAAUUUACCGUAUAAUUUUACAUUUUUUUAAAUAUUUCGUAAUACCUAUUUAUUAAUUUGGCUAACCAACUUUCAUUGUGUUACUCUGUUACUUAGGUACGCUACGUAGUAGUACGUACUACGUACACGUAUCUACCAUCUACCUACGUUAAACGUGUAAUUACCUAUUUUUAUGAAAUCAUACCAUUUUAAAAUGGGUACCUACCUAUGUGUAUGUAUCGUGUCCUUUUGUUUUGUUUUUUUGUUUGUUUUUUUUUUUUUUUAUUAUGCAAAUUACAAGUUACUCGUGUUUUUUCCACCUGGUAUGGUUUUUCAUUACCCAAAUUUGAAAGUAUGAUAAUUGUCACAUUAAUUUUUGGUCAUCGUAUGAUUUCCUAGUUAGGUUUCCAAGUGUCACCUCUUAGUAUUUUAAAUACUAUUUACAUUUUUUUCCCCCUUCAAUUUAUCAUUUCCUUAUAAAUCUCUUUUUGUCACUAUUCCAAAUUGAGUAUCUAUUCAUUUUUUAUUUCCUAUUUUUAUGAUUAUGUACUGUGUUAUUAGUUUAUUUAUUUAUUUUUUUGUAAAAUGUGAUAUAAAUUUUAUACUUGUUUUGUAUGUUUCCCCCCUAAACGAUCAUAUAUUUUAGACUUGAUUAUUGUUCUUGUUAUUGUGGCUUUUCAUUUUCAAGGAAGUGUCAUCCCCCUCCCCUUUGUCCUCGCAUAUUAAAAUGAACUUCCUUAUAGGGUCCAGUUGCAUAAAUACCAUAACAUAAUCUCCUCACAAAUCGAACUAAUUGGGUAUCACUUUUUUGAUCAAUCUCUUAUGAAUAAAAACCGAUGCGUCUCAAAAAUGUUACCAGUACUUCUGUAAUGACUAAUGUUGUUAAUACGUAUGUAUUUAGUUGAAUACCUACGCGAAACGCGAAAUGAUUGUCAUACCAAAGUUUGCUGACGUAGUAUCGGUGCUUUUUUUCACUGCCGGUUUUCUCCCGAUGAUUUGACCAAAUGCCCGUUAUUUUCUCUCUUCCAAUUAAUUUAGAUGAUGAAUCACACGCACAUCUUUGAAAUUACCAUCAUUAUUUCAAACUGCAUAUAAUAAUCACAGGAAAAGUGAGGUUAAUCGAAGUAUUUGUAAAUAGUACUCGCUUCUUCGUCAUUUUUAUUCGUCUCCUGGGCAGGGCUUUUUUCCCUAGUUUAUUCAAGUUCGAACAAAAUGUUUCUAAAUUCCAAUAAUAAAUACUACAUUUUGAAAAUUUGAAAAAAUAAAUGGGUGCUUAAUUCAGAAUAAAUUUGCAGGUUUUAUCGAAUUGAGGGAAUUUAAUUCCAUCUGAUAAUGAGCAUUUAAGGUCAUCAUCGAAGUGUAACCAACAAUGGAGGUUUAUCGUUAUAUCGAUCAUGAAUCAUGAUACAUGGCAAGAUUUUCUACUUUUAUGGCUUAACCCCUUAAUUAAGAGUGCUUAGAGCAGUUUAAGCUGAGUUAUGCAACCUUUGGCAAAAGUAGGAACGCCUUGUUUACAAUUACUUCGAUUUAUCUCAAUUAUUUUCAUAUUAUAAUUGACCAGUUUUUAUCAAAUUUUUUCACAAAACGUUUAAUUUUUUUAAAUGUGAAUUUUUGACGUUUGCGGAUUUUUUUGUAUCCGACGUUCUUCCUUCGCCUCCGCCGAGAUAAUUGGAUGAGUUUUUUUUACGUGUUUAAAUCGAUUGUUUGUAUUUCAUUGUAUCCAGAUCAUUUAAAUGUGUAUUGUAAUUCGGGCGCUUUAAAUAAAAUUUAUUUCCACGA